AUGGAGUCGUACAUCCGUGAGAGCAAGAAGCUGACCUUCAAAGGCAGCAAGGGGAAGAAGCUGCUCCGCUACGUAGACAUCUCGCUGAACAACAAAGCCCUGCACGACAGCCACAUAGUAGAGUUGGUAAAUAUUCUGAAGAAAUAUAUCAAAGUGGUAUAUAACCACUUCUACUGCCUGAACAUAGAUUUGAGUGAAAACUACAUCACCUGCACGGGGCUGAAGACUCUUCUGAAAUUCAUUUUAAAUUACCACGACAAUAUAGGAGUGCAUAUACUGAAGCUUUAUAAGAAUAACAUCAAGGACGAUGGGGUGUCUCUGAUUAAGCAGCUGGUGUAUGUGCAGAAAAUCCCCAUGGAGGAACUGCACCUCUCUCAUAACUUCGUGCAGGAUGACACUUGCAAAGAGUUGCUCCUCAGCUUCGUGCAAGCGAAAAAAGAAAACAGCUAUGUGUACCCUCGGUAUGAGAAAUACCAGAGCCACUACAAACACCUGCAGAUCCCUGUGUGGAUUAGACUGGAAUAUAACUGCAUUCAAAAUCCGAAGGAGAUCCUAAAAGAGGUGGAAGAGUUUGCCAAGAAGAAGAGGGGGUACAAGAGCAACUUAAUUAUAUGUGCGGCUUUGAAAAGUGACAAACGGUGCUGCCCCUACAAGUGCCUCAAUGCUACGGUGAGGAACACUCCCAUCAUGCAUGUUUAUAUGUUCAUUCAUCAGAAGGAUAGCCCUGCUUAUGCCAUUUCUACGAAUGGCAAAGUGGGAAAAGAGGAGAGGAAGAGGGAGUUUUCCUCCCCUUCUGAGGUGGUCGAUGCGGGGAGGAUGCACGCCAGUGCACAUCUGCAGCAUAAGGCCCAGCCCGAGGGGGUGGAGCGGCAGGACGGGGAGGCGGCCCUGCCCGCCAAGGGCGAGGCUCGCAGUGGUGCUGCUAGAAGUGCCGCCAAAAGUGCCGCCAAAGGUGCCGCUAAAGGGGCCGCCAAAGGGGCCGCCAAAGGGGCCGCGAAAAGUGGGAAGGAUAAGAAGACCGCUGUUCGGAAGGGAGGGGCCAACUCGGGGAAGCGCCUCAGUAGGGGCAGCCUCCCCCAUGAUGUGAGUGCUGACGAGGAGGAGGAGGAGGAGGAGGAAGAGGAAGAAGAGGAGGAGGAGGAGGAAGAAGAAGAAGAAGAAGAAGAAGAAGAGGAGGAGGAAGAAGAUGACGAUGACGAUGAUGACGACGACGACGAUGAUGAUGAUGAUGAUGAUGACUACUCGGAGGAGGAGGAAGAAGACGACGAUGAUGAGGAGGAUGAUGAAGAUGAAGACGAUGACGACGACGACGAUGAUGACAACGACGAUGAUGAUAACGAUUACCGCCACAAGCGGGGAAAACCCCUGAAGGGAAAGGAGAAGAACGGCCAGCUGCCCGACGCGGCCCCCCUCUAUGCGAGCAAGAACGGAGCCGCGAUAGGGGCGCAGACGAACGGGCGGGAUGAGGAGGACUACGAUGAAGAAGCGGAAGAGGGGGAGGAGUCCCCCAACGCGGCCGACCCUGCCAAGAAGAAAAAGGGCAAAAAGAAGAAGAAGAAGAAGAAAAAAAAGAAAAAGGAGCAAGUGGAGGUGAGUCCGCUCGAGGGGGGCUGCGAGGAGGCGAAGGGGAGUGGCGAAAGAGGUGAGGAGGGAAGCGCCGUCGGGGGUGAAAGCGGCCUUGGCGAUGGGAGCGGCGAUGAAAGCGGCGAUGAUAACGAUAAUGAUAAUGACAAUGCCGAUCGUGACGAUUGUGACCGCCGCGACCACCGCUACCCCCGCGAAGACCUCUUCCGCGCGGUGGGGGGCGACCCUCUGCGGCUGGACGGGGGCGGCGAGGAGGACGCGCUCCCCCCCGAGCUGUGCCCCCCGCGCCAGGACCGCCUGAACCUGACGAGCGACGCCGCCAGCAGCCUCCCCCUCUACAUCAUCCUCGAUUGCACCGCCGUGCUCGACAUGAAGGAGCUCUGGAAGGACAGCUCCUUCCUGCCCUUCAGCUUCCCCGGACUGCUUUACCUGUAUAAUAACAAGCUGCUGAGGAGUAACGCGGAGGGGGCAAGCGGAGGACGCGGCGUGAAUGGGGUAAGCCAGAACGACGCCUUCAUCUGCCUCAUGUGCAGCUACGUAGCGAACGAGCUGAAGCUGGUCUGCCAGAAGAGCGAAAUCAUUCGGCAGAAAAUGGUAAACCUGAAGCUGAACAUCUGGGACAAGCUAUCCGAGCUAGGCAUCAUAGAGUUCCUGAGUGUCCCAAAGGACUUUAAAGAAAAAAAAAAAAAUUUUUUGAAUUCCUCCUUUCUAACAGAAGCGCAGAUUAAGCUAGCCAAUGAGUACUACGACAUCUCACAGGAGACCCUCCAGAUGAUACAGUUUUCCAUUCUGUGGUCGACCUACAUAUACAAAAUAGGGAACAAAGAAAUUAUUAUUAAGAACGCUUCGAAGGAAAUUAACAAGGGGGGGAUGAAGAAAAGCAAAAAAACGAUUUUCACGGAGGUACUGUAUUUGACUUCAUCUCCCAAUAUUUAUUCCUUUUUUGAGCACCUUUACGGGGAGGACAUGAACAUGAUUCUGCCCCUGUGCGUUACCGUCAACCAGAUUAACAAGUACAUUCAGGACGAGCACAGCUGCGUUGUGGAGUUGCUGUCGAGUGGGAGGCCCGUGGGGGACAAGGGCGGCAACUUCCUCCUCGACAAGGCCUUUUUCAAGGCGUUUAUAAAGGACAAGUGCGCGAGGUAUCUGCCCGACGGGGAGGAGGGGGUGGCGUCCAUUGGAGGCGCCACAAACGGAGGUACCACAAACGGAGGUACCACAAACGGACUCCCCUCCAACGGAGGGAUCGCAAACGGAGGUACCUCUAACGGACUCCCCUCCAACGGAGGGAUCGCUAACGGCGGUUCGAGCAAAAAGAAGAAGAAGAAGGGCGCCCCCCCCAAAAGGAGCGCGGACAAGUUAAAGGACGGCUUCCCGUCCGCGCACGACAAUGGAACCCCCUCGAUGAGCAGCCUCUCCGCUGCGACACCCAACUGUACCAGCAGAAGCGAUAAGUUAUCCCCCGGGGGAAAGAGAAGUGACGACGAGUGCGUUAGAGGAAGCCUACCCAUUGGAGGAACCCACAUUAACACAAAUGCGUAUGACUAUCUAGACAUUAAGUCGGUGAAAUCCUUUUCAAAUGAGAACAUUAGCAAGUUGUGCCAACUGGAGAGUAGCAUUCAAGGCGGGCCAUUCGGGAUGGUAGGCAUCAACGGGGGGGGGAGAAUGGCGGCACCCAUGGGGGGUGAUAGGCAUUCCCAUUAUAAUGACCCCUCUGGAGGAGCGAACAAAGUUAAAACGAACGUGGGUGGAAGAGCCAGUGGGGAGGAGACCCACAAAGGGGCGGAAAAGGGAAACGCCGCUGUUGGCAUGUAUGCAUCCCCCAUCGACGCCAACAAUGGUGGCAACGGUUUCGGGAUGAUGAUGGUGACCCCUCCGAGUGGUUCAGCGAAGGAGAACCCACAGGGGGGCAAAGAGAACAAAGGGAGUAGUCUUUACAGCAUGCUGGUGAAUGCCUUUAAUGGGAAGAAAAAAGGCGCACAGAAGGGUGCAGAGAGGGGCGCCGAUAGGGCCACCGAUAGGGCCACCGAUAGAGGGGUAGCCAGCGGCCAGGACAAAAGCGGCAAUAACAUGUUUAUGGGCGCAGGUCCUAACCAAAGCGUUAGAGACAGCGUAGAUCCUUUGAGCAGCCACGCUGGUGGAGAGAACAGCCAGAAUGAAGGAGGCCACGGAAAUAAUGCCGCCGCCGCAGCCGCAGUUGCCACUCGCCCCCAACUGAACAUGAGCAAUGGCAAAGUGAAGAGCACAGGUGCUGAUCUGUUAGACCAACUGAUGCAUGGGGGUAGUGAAUCUGCACCUAGUCAGGGGAAGGCUGCCAGCGGGUUAGGCGCAAAUGGGGGUGCAGCCACGAGUCCUCAGAUGGGUAUCCCCUCGAAUGAUAAGGCAACUUACCUUGGCAGUAAUAACAAUAGCGGGUCCAAUCACUCCCCUGCGCACUCUCUUUUCGCGUUCAACAGCUCCAUGCUGAAGGGCGUGGCGCCAAGUGGAAAGGGAGACCUGUCCUUCCAAAGUCAAAUGGGCACCGAGGGAGGGGGCAGCGGCAAGAGCGGAAGUGGCAUAGGAGCAGGACUACUUGGAGGGGUGAACUUCCCCAUGAACGGUGCAGGAAUGGGUACCUUGGCGAACCGCACAACCCAAGGGAACUCCAAACAGUUGCAGAAAAACGCCGUGGAGACGAUAAUCGGUUCGGACCUUCUAAACGUGAAUGAGGUGGAGCUGAACAACUUCAUGGGAAGCAUCCCAAAAAGCUUUAAUGACAGUUUAAGUAUGUACCUUGACAGUAGUAACCGAAACGACAGCUGCUACGAUGGCAUUGCGAGGGGGGAGAACAUGAUGCCCUUCUUCAAUCACAGCCUGCUGAAGGGGGACGCGGAGCAGGACUUGGCCAACCUCGCCGCGAGGGCGGAGGGGCACUCCAGAGCGGAAGACCACAGCAGGGGAGCGGACCAUUCGAGAGUGACAGACCACACGAGGGUAGCUGACCACAACCGGGUGACAGACCACAACCGAGUGACAGACCACAACCGAGUGACAGACCACACCCGGUUGAACGAGAUGAAAAACGUCUUCGAGCUGUACAAGGUGGACAUCCUGAACACGUCGCUCCUCCUGGAGGAGAUGAUCCUCAACCAGAACGUCUGCAAGUACAUCCCCUCGGAGCUCUACAACAAAAUCCUGCGGUGUUAUGAGCGCUUGGACUGCCUGCUGGCGGGCCUCAACCGGGUGGGCAGCUUAAGCGGGUUAAGCGGUUUAAGCGGGUUAAGCGGUUUACGCGGCGUGAGCGGGGCGAGCGGGGUGAGCGGCAUGAGCGGUAUCGGCGGGAUGAGCGGUAUCGGCGGGAUGAGCGGUAUCGGCGGGAUGAGCGGUAUCGACGCGAUCGGCGGCAUGAACCAAGACAUCCUGUGCGAGGACUUCAAGAGCUACUGGGACUAUGCCUUCUCGAAGAACGAGUCCAGCCCGCUGGCCCUGCUGACGAGCGGAGGUGGAAGCGGCAUUGGCGGGGGUGGCGGCGCGGCGCACCAGGAUUUCACCGAUGGCGCGGGAAACAUCAGCGCCAACAAAAGCGGCAACGCUUCGAACGCCAUGUUUUACAACACCGUGAGUGGGAACCGGGGGAGCAAGAGCGCGCUGAAGAGCAGCAUGCUGAAUGCCAGCAGUCACAGUGCAAAUGGGGGGAUAGGCGGCGGGAGCGGCCCCCUCUUGGCUAGCCACCUGAACAGUCAAAACAAUGGAGCGGUGACGCCCAAGAAGUCCAGGAAGAAACCCCCCAUGAAUGUGAGCAUGGGAAGUGGUAACAACGUGGAGCUGGGGAUCAACUCGAUGAAGAACAACUCAUCACAGAAGAAGUUCAUGGGGGGGUUGAGUGACGGUUUGGACAACACAGGUUUUAUGAAUAACUCCCCAGGUGGUAAUCUAAGCGGAAGUAGGAACAGCCAAAUGGGCAGGAACGCGAACUACGGCCUAGGCCAGAGUAUUCCCCCCAAUAGAAGCGGCAACGGGAACCAGGCGGGCGCGCGAAACAGCGGCAGCGGCUCGAAUAAUGCCAAAUCGAAGGACAUGAAGAACCACAACGCGGGUCCCAAGGAUAGAAAUUUAAACAGUGUAGAAACGGAUGAGUACAAAAACGUAAACAAGCUACUACUGCUUGGUGGUAAUGCGCAAAAUGUGAAAAUGAAUGGAGAGAAAAACCCCUAUGACCAUGGGGGAGGAGGAAGCGGUGGCAAUGCACACACGGAGCACCAGGAGCACUUCCCCCACAAAAUGAACCCCUACAACGACGGUGGUGGAAGCGGCGCGUGCGACUCGAAUCUGCUCGCCCUGAUCCACAUGAAGAAGAACAUCAAGAACGGGGUGAGCAGCAGCGCGGGGCCAAAGGCGGGGGUGAAUAGCGGCGGGGCGAAUGGCGGCGGUGCGAACAGCGGCACAGCCAACGAGCUAAAUGGGCUUCGAAACAGAAGUUAUAAAAAGCUGCUCAACAAUGAGUCGAUUGGUCUCUUCAACAGCCCAGCCAACAAGAACACCGUCAACGAAAUGAACUUGAAAUACCUGGAAGUGCUCAACAGCCAGUUUAACUUCUCUGCACGAGAGAAUAGGAAAAACGAGUGCGACCCGAACGCGUUGAACAGCAGCGUGAUGAACUUUCAAAACGACUUGGACAAGAAGUACAAGAAUCCUUUAGUGGAUUUAUGCGACAAGGGAAGCGUGAAGAAGUUGUGA